AUGAAGCAGAAAAGACAGAAUUCUGGUAUGGUACAGGCAAAUGACUUACGAGUAAGUUCAGCUAAAAGACCUAUCUCAGGCAGCCGGUCUCGGGAACUUCAUGGCUAUGAUGGUCCGAUGCAAUUUCUUAUGUCUCCAGUGAAUCCCGACCAAGUUAUUCCUCUUCAAACAAAUAGAAUAUCAACUUACGACGAGCUGGGCAAUCAGAUUGAAGUGCUGACUAUUGCCGACGGGGAGGGCAGUGGGGAGGAGGAGGGGGAGAGUGUACCCGUCUGCAGCGUUGGGCGAGAUAUCAGCACGGACGACGUAUGCGCCGACGCGGCCGUAGCUCCCCUGCAGGCGGCGGUUCGACGCGAUGACUCACCGACCCAGAGCGCGGAAAUCGAGGGGUCCGUGGAAGGCUCGAUAGAGACUUUCGUGGUGACGCCCGCAAAGCACGGAACGCUGUACAAAUGCCGGAUAGCGCGCGACCGCAAGGGGAUGGACCGUGGCCUCUAUCCGACAUACUUUCUGCACCUGGAAAAGGACUACGGGAAGAAAGUGUUCCUCUUAGCCGCACGGAAACGCAAGAAAUCGGCCACGUCCAACUACCUGAUCUCGACGGACCCGACGGAGCUGACGCGUCAGGCUGACAGCUUCGCGGGCAAACUGCGCUCGAACCUCCUCGGCACCGCCUUCACGGUGUACGACAACGGCAAGGCGUGGCGGAAACACGACCACGCCCACACCCGCCAGGAGCUCGCAGCCGUUAUAUACGACACGAACGUGCUCGGUUUCAAAGGGCCGCGCAAGAUGACCGUAGUCCUGCCCGGCAUGACGGCCGACCGGCAGCGGGUCACUAUAACGCCGCAGGACGACAGCGAAACUCUACUCGAGCGUCUGCGCACCCAGCGUUUGGACGAAGUGGUGGUGCUGCACAACAAGACGCCCGCGUGGAGCGACGAGACCCAGUCGUACGUGCUCAACUUCCACGGCCGCGUGACGCAGGCGAGCGUGAAGAACUUCCAGAUCGUCCACGACUCGGAGCCGGACUACGUGGCGAUGCAGUUCGGCCGGAUCUCCGAGGACGUGUUCACCAUGGACUUCAGGUAUCCGCUGUGCGCGCUGCAGGCCUUCGGCAUCGCCCUUAGCUCUUUUGAUGGCAAGCUGGCGUGCGAG